UCCUAGUCUAUGUCGCGGCCGAGGUUGAGGGCAGGGCGGGGCAUUUUGAAAUGCUUGGUCGCCGGGAAUGCGCUGGACGGCUGGUUCAUUGGUAGCGUCGAAGUCGCGGUGCGAUGGCUAUUCCUUUCCUUACUCUCCGUACCAUGUUCUCCUCCUCAUAGACUCGUACCUCGUCCGCACUUUGUCUUUUGCAUCUCGUUUCGCACUCGUCCUCGCAUCUCGUAUCGUAUCGCGCAUCACACCAGCAUUCAUUGCGCCGGCCAUGCUGGCUAGGAUACCGCUCGUCACCCUUCUUUGUUUUCUCCUACUCUCCGAACUUGUCACCGCCAGCUCGACAUCUCUCAAUCGCGUACGACGCGAUGCCUACACAACGCUUCGCGCGGCCACGCACGGAGGCAAUGGUCCGCAACUCACCACCGUAGGCGCUACACCGCCAGGCGCUCACGCAGCGAACAUACCCGUAGGCAACAAUGGCGCGAACGUCUUUGCUUGGGUCUCCAGCACGCCAGCACAAGAGUCUUCAGCCACGUCAGCGUACAUCAUUCUUCACGGCAUCGAUCGCAAUGCGGGCUUCUACUACAAUGUUCUCUCCAACGCCAAUCAGGCCGCACUACGGGCAAUGCUACCCGGCGCCUCGCCCAAUACCCUCCUCGUUGCUCCGCUCUUCUUCUCCACCACGCAAGACGUGCGAGCGUACAACGCCUCCAGUCUGGCUUGGGCGGACCCCAAUGCCUGGACGGGCGGGGAUGGAAGCACACACCCAGAGAGCAGCAAUGUGAGCGUGUUUACUGUUCUCGACACGCUGUUGGAGAAGUACAGCAAGUACAGUGGUAUGAGGAAUGUGACAUUCGUAGCGCAUGGCGGUGGCGCACAGGUGUUGCAGCGCUAUGCUGUCGUCGGCAAGGAUCCGCCGAACAGCAACGUAGCCGUGCGAUACGUCAUCGGCGACCCGUCGUCCAUGCUCUACUUUACGCGCGAUCGGCCAGUACCUUUCAAUCCUGCCACCUGUCCCAUGUACGACGACUUUCGCUACGGGUUCAGCAACUACACAGCGCCGUACGCGCUAGAGCCUGACUCGCCGCGCGACCUCUUCAGACGCUAUAUCGCUCGUGACGUGCGGUACGUCAUUGGCCUCGGGGACGUGGUAAAGGAUGAAGGCGAUCAGCUCUGUGCCGGACGAGCGACGGGAGGGGCAGAGAGAAAGGAUCGCUCGCUAGACUACUGGGCGUACCUCAACCUGCUGGCCAAUACCACUGGCUCGACGCCAGACUACCCAGGCUUCUACCCGGCUCUAGAUACCAGGAAGCGCGGUGACCCACGCGGCUACGUGACUUCCACGCCCGAAGAGAGGCAGGGCUUCGCGACUGGACAGUUGCGCCACCAGAUGUACUAUAUUAACGGGGCGGGACAUAACGCUGAUCAGGUAUAUGGGUCGGGUGAUGGACAGAAGGCCAUCUUCGGGGCUGCGGCGCCAGCGGUGUCGUUGAGCGGGAGCGCAAGUAGCUCGACGUCGAUGAGUGCGGCGGGACCGACUGGUACCAGAGAGCCUGCAUUGGGCGGCCAGAAUGGCGGGACCGCUCAGAGGAGCGGGCCGAUCUCGCUGGUAGGGCUCGUCUUCCUCCUUGCCGUAGGCUUUUGUACAUAGACCGAUGUAAUAUUGUACAGUAGAAGUUGUCCCUUGACCGCAGUCGAAUUCCCCACCGUAGCAUCCGGCGCGGAGUUCGUGCCUUGGGUUCACAACAUCAAUAGCUGUCCCUCUUGCGACUCCUUGAGCUCCUGGAGACGCUUCUGCUCGGCCUUCUGAUCGAGCCACACGGAUAGGGUCAUACCGAA